UACUCCGUAUUAUUACGAUUUCUGACAAAAAGUAUGACUUAAAAUAUAGUCAUUGAAAUGGAAGUGUGGUGGUUUUCUCGAAUUAUAGCUCAUCAUCCUUAUACCAUUUUACUGGGAAUACUUAUAUUCUCUUCAACAUGCUUAAUUGUUCCCUUAACUGUGAAAAAGUUUCCAGAUUUCUCUGACCCUCAAUUAGGCUUUGAGGCAAGGGGUACAACAUUAGCUCAACGGCUUAUAGCUUGGCAAAAUUUAAUGGAGGCAAGUAAGCCAAGAGGACAGCUCACUGAUAAUCCUUUAGAGUAUUAUUAUUACGUGCGUCAACUAAAUCAACAGAACUUACAGAAUCCUGUUAAUAUACAAAAUCAUACUUGGAUUAGUCAGGGUAUUAUUAGGAAAAAGCCCAAGAAUAAAAAGAAAGGAGGGAAAAAAUAUCAGAAAGAAAUAAUUAAUGAUAGACAAGAAAGAAAUGCAACUGAUUCUAAAGAUAAGUGGGAAGAAUUAAUAGAAUUGAAAAAUAAGAAUAAAUUAGGUACAGUAAAGGAAUAUAAAGAUCAAGAUCAUAUUGACAGUGAAAGUUUUUUCUGUAAUUUACCUUCUUCUGCUUAUGCCCGAGUGGUAAUUGGUAGAAAUUCAAAAGAUUCCAGUUUAUGGUCAAUGGAGGGUGUAUUAGCACAGUGUCAUAUUGAUGCAGAACUUCGAUCAAAUAUGCACUUCCCUUCCUUAUGUCAAGUGCAAAUGGAACAAAGUGGUGCAGGGCAGAAGUGUUGCAGAAGUUGGUCACCAGCAAAUUAUGUUGCACUUUUAUCCAAUAGAACUUCCUGCUUGGGUGUAACAGAGAAUGAUCUCACUCGAGUAGAAACUCUUCUACGAAGAUGCGUGUAUUUUUAUCAGAAUCACCAACUAACAUCAAACUGUGCAGAAGAUUUAAACUGUCAAAGACACGUUCCAAGCGAAUGUUAUAUGCAUAAUGCAGCUUAUCAUUUAUUGCACUAUUUGUUAGAUACUGAUUUUAUACCAGAUCAUAAGCACAGUUCUCAAACAAAGUCAAAUUCAACAUUGAAAUAUGCAAUGAUAUUUUUACCAAUUGCUGCAAGUUCUGCCACUUUAGAUUUUUAUAGUGGACUAAACAAUGGUGGUUUAUCAUACGGAAAAUUUUGUGUUAAAGGAAUGCAGUUAGGUUUAAAAACUACAUUGUUUGAUCGAUUACUGGUAUCAGAUUCAAUCCUGUUGCUUAUUGGUUUUGCAUUUGUAACAAUUUGUAUAUGGGCAUAUACUGGUUCUCUGUUUUUAACUGCCACAACAAUUAUUGCUGUAAUUUUUAGUCUUGGUAUUUCGUAUGCAUUCUACACUUUAGUUUUGCAUAUCAAGUUUUUCCCAUUCAUGAAUUUGUUGGCAAUUGUCGUUGCUGUAGGAAUUGGAGCAGAUGAUGCAUUUAUAUAUUGUAAAAUUUGGGAGAAAGGAAAACAGCAGAAGGUAUCGAAUAAUGGUUUAAUUAAAUUGGUGCAAGAGACAAUGAAACAUGCUGUACCAUCUAUGUUUGUUACAUCUCUAACUACUGCAGUAGCUUUCUUUGCAUCAGUCGUUAGCAAUGUUACUGCUAUCAACUGUUUCAGCUUAUUUUCAGGAAUGACUGUGAUUGCAAAUUUCUUUUUAAUGAUUACUUGGUUACCAGCAUGUGUGGUAGUAUCAGAACGGUUCAGCUGGAAUGUUCUGUCUCCUGCGAAUUAUAUAGUGCGAAAAAUUGUUCGUCCUUUACGUCUGUUUGGAGAUAAAAUAGCAAUAAGUUUUAACAUAUUCUUGACACAAACAGUGUUUGGUUUUCGCUGGUGUUGGUUACUAAGUCUGAGUACCUUAGCAGUAAUAUGUUUCAUUAUUGUUUUUAAGUAUCCAGGCUUACAAUUACCAGAUACCGCUGAGUUUCAAUUAUUUGACAGUUCUCAUUUAUUUGAGAAAUAUGAUUUGAUAUACUCUCACAAAUUUUGGUUUGAGAAACGUGAAACAAUUGAUAAUGGAGAUGUGUUACCAUUGAGAUUUGUAUGGGGUAUCAAGCCAAUUGAUAAUGGCAAUUAUUUAGAUCCUGACAUUAUAGGUACACCAGAAUGGGAUGAAUCUUUUGACGUUUCUCAUCCAGCAUCACAGGUCUGGCUGCAACAAUUUUGCCGAGAUCUGCGAACUCAACCUUUUUAUCGUGAAACUCUGGGACCUUUACUUCCCAAUUGUUUUAUUGAAUCGUUGUAUAAUUGGAUGAAGAGACGUUGCGAAGAUCCCAUUGAUUCGGACAUUAACUACAUGCCAUGUUGCGAAAGAAGCAAGUUUCCAUACAAUUCUAGUGUAUUGCAACAAUGUGCAGCUGAAGCUAGCGCAGAAUUGUAUCGUACACCUGCACACUUGUGGGCUCGCCAUGGCGUCUCUGCUGGCAUAAAAUUCUUAAACGACCCAAUUCUGGCACAAUUACAAACCUCAAAUGAAACCAAUUCCUUGAUGAUGCCGAUCACGAAAAUUAAAGUCUUAAUCGUUGAAUAUGACAGCAUAUAUAACUAUAGUGUUUCUUUCUCAAAUAUGAAUCAAUUUUAUCAUCAGGUUGAAAUUUGGAUGCAAGAUCAGCUAAAGAAGGCACCAUUGGGUAUGCGUGGCGGUUGGUUUGUGAGCAGAUUAGAAUUUUAUGAAUUACAGCGGACAUUAUAUGAAGGUACCCUUUGGGCAAUAGGAGUUUCAUUGGUCCUAGCCCUUAUAGUCUUGAUCAUUGUGACAUUUAAUCCUCUUAUCAGUUUGUAUGCCAUUAUAACAAUUGGAGCAGCAAUUAUAGUAACAGUUGCUGGCUUAAUUCUUCUUGGGUGGAAGCUGAAUGUCUUAGAAAGUGUUGCAGUCUCUACAGCCAUAGGUUUAACUGUAGACUUCAGUUUACAUUAUGUAGUAAGUUAUAGAGCAUGCACUUCCAAAAAAAAAGAAGACAGAGUGAAAAUAGCGCUUUCACAAAUGGGUGGUCCAACUCUAAUGGCUGCCCUCACAAGUGGAGCUGCUGGUGCUCUUAUGUUACCAUCCUACGUACUGGCAUAUAUUCAGAUUGGUAUAUUUUUAUUACUUGUAAUGGGCAUAAGUUGGACAUACGCUACAUUUUUCUUGUGUCCACUGCUAGCAAUUAUUGGACCCUCGUCCCAUUUUGCGCAGUUUCAGUACCCCAGGUUAAAUGUAUUGUGGAAGUACCUUCGUAAAAACAAGCCUAGAAAUGUGCCUGAAACAAAUACAGAUAAUGAUAAGACUAGACGGAAAGCUAAAAGACGGGGAAUGUGGUCAGAAUCUGCUUUAAGUACGUCUAGUACAGUAUGUCAAUUUCACUGUAAUGACAUGGAAACUUUUACAAGAGCGCCUCCAUCACCAUCGCUACCUCCAUCUCCGUCAUCAACAUUACUUCACUGAAAUGCAGGUCACGUGGUAUUUCUGUUAUAAUAGUUAAUAUAGUUGGUACAAAAAGAAACUAUUAUGAUGCAGUGUAUGCUCCUCGAAGUAUGGAA